AUGAGACUGAGGUCGGUCGGAUUCAGGGAACGCGUUUCCGACUCGCCAGUAAGAGAUGCCAGAAAAGAAUCCUUUUUGAAAUCGGAUGAUUCGUUUAACUUGACGAUGGAAUCUGAACCUGGCUCACCCUCCUUUUUGCGAUCUAACUCAUUUGUCCAGCGAUGCGACUCGAUUCCCUGUUCGCCGCUCAUCGCAAGCCAAAUGUUCAAGACAUCGAUAUCAAGCACACCUUUUCGUCUGAAGGAAAGUAUACAGGCACUAGAAGAAAGCGAGGGCGAUUCAGAUGUUUUCGACAAUAAAGAGGACGACCAGGAAAAUCACAACUUCGACGGGUUAGCAAAUGGCCAAAUGCACACGAAAAGAAAACGAAUGUCCACAACUGGCUACAGUCAGUCUGUCUCGUCCCCAAGAGAACCACUGAAGAAAAAGCACCGGCAGGGCUUCCACGCGCCGGUUAUCGACACGUCAAAGGACUUUUUGAAUUUCGCAACAGACGAAGAAGGAAAUCUCAUUGGAAAUUUCAAAGCCAAGUGUCUGUUGGACAUUGUAACGGGUCCGCGUGGCAGCUUCAAAUAUAUAGAGCCGAUAGUGUUGAGAGAUUUGCUCGUAAACGGUCACCCGAAUGUGGAGAGAAUCGAGAUUAUCGACGCGCGAUAUCCAUACGAGUUCAACGGAGGCCACAUAAAAAACGCGCAUAAUAUUACGUCACAGGGGCAAAGCGACAAUGGACAGGCAGAAAGUCAGCUGGCGCAAUUUUUCGAUGAGAAACUGACGAAGUUCGACGAGAAGAGGCGCCGGAUCAUGGUGUUUCACUGCGAGUUUAGCUCAGAGCGCGGGCCGCGAAUGUACAACAUCUUCCGCGCGAUGGAUCGCAAGAAGAACGCCUAUCCCGAACUCGACUGGCCCGAGAUCUACUUGUUAAAGGACGGCUACAAGCGAUACUGGGAGGAGAUGCAGAGUGAUCCAAAUGCACAUCUGCUUUUUAGCAGUGUUUCGUACACACCAAUGCUGGCGGACAAAAACGAACUGCAACAGAUUCGAAGAUUGCGCCGCAAAGCCAAAACAGCUCCUUCUUUCGUGCCGUCAUCAAAGAAGAGCGAAAAGCUCUGA